AUGGAGGCGGCGCAGGCGGUUCUGGCGGCGUUCGACACGUCGCUGUCGCGGCAGUGGCGCGACGAGGACCGCCGCUGGCGCGCGGAGGACCGCGAGUGGCGCGCGGACGACCUGGCGUUCCGCGAGGAGGAGCGCCGAUGGUUCGGGGAAGAGGCGGAAAUGCGGAGCGCGGAAAUAAGGUGGGGGGAACGGGGAGAGGGGUGGUCGGGGGAAGGGAGGAGGAAAAGGGGGGUGUGGGAGGUGGGGGAUGGGCGGCGAAGUGGGUGGGGGGGCUUCGAGGGACGGUGGAGGGAGGAAGACAUAAACCAACGCCACGUGGACAAUGCAAGAUACCUUUGGGCCAGGUUUGUCGAGAAGAACCGGCGGGAUGUGGAGGAGAAAUCGGAGCAGCUUAAAGCGAUUUCGAACCUUGCAGCACUGUUUGCUGGCUUCGCUGUAGUCACACUCACGCAGUUCCAAGUCACCCUCGACACCUCCCCUUUGGUCUGCCUGCACACAGUGGCCAUGGUGCAGUGCACGCUCAUCAUGGGCAGCAUAUUGAACAAUGGCAAGGCCUACGUGGACGAGGACGCCGAGGAGGAGUUCAUGUUCCGCUGCCUGCUCUUCGUGCGCUCCUUCUCAUUGGGAGACAGGCCUCCCGCACCACGUCGCACGUUUGAGGCUUUCUGGGAGUACAGGCGUUACCUGGUUGAGUGGAGGUACAUGUGCGGUUCCGCUGCCUGCUCUUUGUGCCCUGCUUCGUGUGCUCCUUCUCGCUCGGGAACCGCCCUCCCGCGCACCGACGCAUGUUUGAAGCUUUUUGGGAGUACAGGAAUCUUUUCAUUCCUUCUCAGCCUCAUUCCUAUCGGGUGGAUUAAAUUCAACUUCUCAACCGUCAUCCCAGCAGCGUUCACCGCCAUUGUCAUGUGCUCCAUGGUGCUGUGGGCGUAUCAGCAGCUGUCAUGGGGCGCCUAUCUCACCAAGGGCCGCCGCCAGUUCGACUCGCUGCUCUCCGAAGCCGAGGCCUUCCGACAGCUGUCAUGGGGCGCCUAUCUCACCAAAGGACACUGCCUUUUCAGCUCAACCACCAAGGCGACUCAACCGGCUAACCUGCUUCCCACCUCGUCUCCCCAUACCCACCACCAUCCCCCCAGGGCGUAUCAGCAGCUGUCAUGGGGCGCGUAUCUCACCAAGGGCCGCCGCCAGUUCGACUCGCUGCUCUCCGAAGCCGAGGCCUUCCGAGUGCGCCCCUCGGGUCUCCCCUUCGACUGGCACAUCGCCCCGGAAGCUUCCCGGAAGCGCAGCUCCUCGCGGAGAAGCCGGAGCGGGAGAGAGGGUGGGUCAAGCGAUGCUGCUUCCACGGCUUUUGCAGACGGUGAUGCUGGUCAGGAGUUGAAGCCUGGUUCGGGAUUGGAGAACACGGAUGGUAAGGCGCCCCGAACCUCGGCUUCUGGUUCGGGGAAUGGGAAUGUGAAGGCAUCAGAGGAUGGGGCUUCGGGUCUUGGGAGCAGUGGUGAGAAGGUUGGUCAAGGGCAGGGGGGUAAGAAAGUGGAGGAGGAGGGUGAGAGGGCAAGUAUGAAUGGAGGAAUGGAUAGUACUUGCAGAGAGAGGCGUGAACCUGGCCAAGAGGAUUGUUUGAUUGGUGGUGAUAGUGGUGGUGGUGGCGGUGGUGGUGAUAGUAUUGAUGUUGGUGAUUCGGGUUUGUCGUUGGCUGGUGGUGGGAAUGUGCCUCGUGCUGCGGUUGCGAGUAAAACAAAGAAGGCCAGCAGCAGGGUUAGCAGUUGCGAGAUCAGUGAGGUGCAGGAGUGA